AUGGUGAAUGAGAUCCCACUCUUGUUUAGAUUGUGGGUCUUCCGCAACCUCAUCAUGGCAACGUCUGGAAAGAGCAUCGGCAUCGUGAUUAUGUUUUCCGGCACGGAGAAGGCCCUCAGGAGAAGGCCCUCAGGAGGAGGCUCUCAAGAGGAGGCUCUCAGGAGGAGGCCCUCAGGAGGAGGCCCUCAGGAGGAGGCCCUCAGGAGGAGGCUCUCAGGAGGAGGCCCUCAGGAGGAGGCCCUCAGGAGGAGGCUCUCAGGAGGAGGCUCUCAGGAGGAGGCCCUCAGGAGGAGGCCCUCAGGAGGAGGCUCUCAGGAGGAGGUUCUCAGGAGGAGGCCCUCGGGAGGAGGCUCUCAGGAGGAGGCUCUCAGGAGGAGGCCCUCAGACGGAGGCUCUCAGGAGGGAGGCCCUCGGGAGGAGGCUCUCAGGAGGAGGCUCUCAGGAGGAGGCCCUCAGACGGAGGCUCUCAGGAGGAGGCCCUCGGGAGGAGGCUCUCAGGAGGAGGCCCUCAGGAGGAGGCCCUCAGGAGGAGGCUCUCAGGAGGAGGCCCUCAGGAGGAGGCUCUCAGUAGGAGGCCCUCAGGAGGAGGCCCUCAGGAGGAGGCUCUCAGGAGGAGGCCCUCAGGAGGAGGCCCUCAGGAGGAGGCUCUCAGGAGGAGGCUCUCAGGAGGAGGCCCUCAGGAGGAGGCCCUCAGGAGGAGACUCUCAGGAGGAGGCUCUCAGGAGGAGGCCCUCGGGAGGAGGCUCUCAUGAGGAGGCCCUCAGAAGGAGGCUCUCAGGAGGAGGCUCUCAGGAGGAGGCCCUCGGGAGGAGGCUCUCAGGAGGAGGCCCUGAGGAGGAGGCUCUCAGGAGGAGGCCCUCAGAAGGAGGCUCUCAGGAGGAGGCCCUCGGGAGGAGGCUCUCAGGAGGAGGCCCUCAGGAGGAGGCCCUCAGGAGGCGGCUCUCAGGAGGAGGCCCUCAGGAGGAGGCUCUCAGGAGGAGGCUCUCAGUAGGAGGCCCUCAGGAGGAGGCCCUCAGGAGGAGGCUCUCAGGAGGAGGCCCUCAGGAGGAGGCCCUCAGGAGGAGGCUCUCAGGAGGAGUCUGUUAUCUUGAAUGA